UCGCGACAAUCCUCCUUUUCCUAUCUCCUCCACUCUCUCAGCCUAAACGCUUGGAACUGUUGGACUUCGAUUCUCUCUCUCUCUGAAAAAAUGGCGACGGGUCUGUUACGGAGGGCCUUCACCGGAAUCUCAUCCUCACCGGCGCCGACGGCGGCUAGGUACGUCCUUCUCCGAGCCUUCGCCUCCGAGCCGCAGACCGACGCGGCCGUCCCGACGGCGCGUGACACCUCCAAGCUGAAGACGUUCUCGAUUUACCGGUGGAGCCCCGAUAACCCGACGAAGCCGGAGCUGAAGGAGUACAAGAUCGACCUCAAGGAGUGCGGCCCUAUGGUCCUCGACGCGCUCAUCAAGAUCAAGAACGAGAUGGACCCCAGCCUCACGUUCCGCCGGAGCUGCCGCGAAGGGAUCUGCGGCUCCUGCGCGAUGAACAUCGACGGCUGCAACGGCCUCGCCUGCCUGACGAAGAUCGAGUCCGCCGGUUCGGCCACGACGAUCACGCCGCUGCCGCACAUGUUCGUGAUCAAGGAUUUGGUGGUGGAUAUGACCAAUUUCUAUAACCAGUACAAGAGCAUUGAGCCGUGGCUGAAGAGGAAGACUCCGGCGGAGGAGCCAGGGAAGGAGAUUCUGCAGACUAAGAAGGAUAGGGCCAAGCUGGAUGGGAUGUACGAGUGUAUUCUCUGUGCUUGCUGUAGCACAUCGUGCCCUAGCUACUGGUGGAACCCUGAGUCUUAUUUGGGACCAGCUGCUUUGCUCCACGCCAAUAGGUGGAUAGUUGACAGCCGUGAUGAAUAUACAGAGGAGCGACUGGAUGCAAUCAAUGAUGAGUACAAGCUAUACCGCUGCCAUACCAUAUUGAACUGUGCUCGUGCCUGCCCAAAGGGCUUGAACCCUGGAAAGCAGAUCCAACAUAUCAAGCAGCUUCAGCUAGCAGGAGCUAAUGCUUGAGUGUCUGAGUUUGUAGGAGCAUUUGAUCAGUUAUUGUGGGAAUUUUUUGAGAAGUUAUCAACUUCAUGUUUUCUGCUAAUAAUUUGUGAACUGAUUUCAUAAAAAUGGGAAUGAAGCAUGUUGCUUUUGUUUAUA